UUUUUUACAUCGAGGUUAAUACCGCGACAAAGGAUGAUGAUAUUUCAAAUUAUGUUCCUAUAAAUAUCGAGAUGGAUCGUAUGCCUAAAAAUAUUAUGAUUGGUUCUUUCGUUGGAGGAAGGAGUCAUGUUAAACCUAUGUUGGAUAUUUGCGCGAUUUUAAUUGAAAGAGGCCACAAUGUAGUGUUAGUAACGCAAGGAAAUAAUACAUUAUCUUCAGAAUAUCCUACC